GCUCUGGCCGCGCGCCUCGGUGGUGCGGAGUCCCGGAAGCGGCGCGGGCCGAGGCCGCAAUGGCGGAGAGCCCGGCGGCCGAGGACGCGGCCCCGGCCCCGGCCGCGGUGCUGGCGGCGGGCGGCGGCGGCAGCGCCUCCCCCAGCGCCGCCGGCGCCGCGGGGACCCCCGGCGUCUUCAUCCCCGCCGAGCUGUGGGCGGCGGCGGGCUUCGGCGCGGCCGCGGCGCCCGGCACCGGCGUGGCCCCCGGCAGCGGCGGCGCCCCGAUGGCGGCGGCGGCCGCGGGGGCCGCGCUCCUCACGCACUCCGCCUUCUGGGACCCCACGGUCAGCGGCGACUGGGACAGCGAGCGGCCCAGCCCGGCCUGCCUGCUGCGGAUCAAACGGGAUAUCAUGUCCAUCUACAAGGAGCCGCCCCCGGGGAUGUUCGUGGUGCCCGACCCCCACGACAUGACCAAGAUCCACGCGCUGAUCACGGGCCCGUUCGACACCCCCUACGAGGGCGGCUUCUUCCUGUUCCUGUUCCGCUGCCCGCCCGACUACCCCAUCCACCCGCCCCGCGUCAAGCUCAUGACCACGGGCAACAACACCGUGCGCUUCAACCCCAACUUCUACCGCAACGGCAAGGUCUGCCUCAGCAUCCUGGGCACGUGGACAGGCCCGGCCUGGAGCCCGGCGCAGAGCAUCUCGUCAGUGCUGAUCUCCAUCCAGUCCCUGAUGACCGAGAACCCGUACCACAACGAGCCCGGCUUCGAGCAGGAGCGGCACCCCGGGGACAGCAAGAACUACAACGAGUGCAUCCGGCACGAGACCAUCCGCGUGGCCGUGUGUGACAUGCUGGAGGGGAAGUGUCCCUGCCCCGAGCCCCUCCGCGGCGUCAUGGAGAAAUCCUUCAUGGAGUACCUGGACUUCUACGAGGGCGUGUGCAAGGAGAGGCUGCACCUGCAGGGCCAGACCAUGCAGGACCCUUUUGGGGAGAAGCGCGGCCACUUUGACUACCAGGCGCUGCUGGGGCGGCUGCAGGCGCUGCGGGCGCGGCUGCAGGAGCGGCAGCAGCCGGACAGCGCCGAGGGGGACUCGGAGAGCAGCUCCUCGGAGGCCGAGCCCGAGCCCCAGGGCUGCCCCAAGGCCUAGGAGGGCCCAGCCCGGCCCGGGACUGCAGCACAGCCAGGCCGGGGCGGGGACAGCGCCGGGAGAGCGCCCCGAGGAUCCCCCGAGGAGAAUUCCCAAAAAGAGACAAAGCCCAGCUCGGGACAGGCUCCUCUUGGACAAAGGUACUUCCUGGCAUGUGGCAUCAGGUUGUUUUUUGGGGUUUUUUUGGAGAACACCUACACUGGUUGGGGAUUUUUUUGGGGUUUUUUUGUUUUGUUUUGUUUUGGUUUGUUUUUUUCCAGGUUUUUUUUUUUUUUUUUCCUCCGUUCGAUUAAAGAAUGAGCUCUAGACUGCAAAUCCUUGAGAGCUUUUCUGCUCCUGGGCAGGGAGGGAGCCCUUCCCUGGAGCUGUGGGAGUGCUUGGAUAGCCCAAGGUGUGUCCAGGUGGAAUCUGGGAGAGCUGGGGCCUCCCUGGUGUCUUUCUUCUAGGCAGACCAAAGAUAAAGGAAUUCUCACUGCUGGAGUUGGGGCUCCUUCCCCAAAGCUUUACUCGAGCCCUGGGGCACUUUGGAGACUUCAUGUGGAAAGUGGGAACUGCAGGAAUCCAUGGAUUUGUUCAGCCUGGAGGUCUGGGGAAGGGAGGAUGAGGAGGGCAGAGCUGAGAUCAGUUUGAUGGUUUCUGUCACACUCAAUUUAGCCUUUCAGGAGGGCUUUUCUCCUGGUGGAGCCGUUCUUUCCUCACCUGGAAUUCUCUGUGUCCCACCUGGGGUCAGUGCCACCUCCCUGUCCCCUCCUGUCCCCUCCCUCCCUGCUGCCACCCCACGGAGGGAGGGAGGGACAGUCCCUGCUGGACUCUGGCACAGACUCUUUGCCAAACUUUGUCAAAUUCUGCGUUUUUGGGACCGCCGAGAGCGGGGUCGGCGCCGCGGGUGGCACGCAGAGGUGGCAGUGGCAGUGCCACCCGCCCAGCCGGCCUGGAGGUGACAAUUCCCCCUGGAAUUGUGGAUUUUAGGGACAUUUUCCUGGUGGGAAAUGGGAAUUUCUCAGGUCAGAAAUGGGGAAAUUUCCCUUGUGGGAAAUGGGGAAUUUCCCUGGUGGGAAAUGAGGAAUUUCACUGGUGGGAAAUGAGAAUUUACCAGGUGGAAAAUGGGAAUUUCCCUGGUGGGAAAUGGGGAAUUUCCCUGGUGGGAAACGAGAAUUUCCCAGGUGGGAAGCAGGGAAUUUCCCUGGUGGAAAAUUAGAAUUUCCCUGGUAGGAAAUGGGAAUUUCCCUGGCAGAAAAUGGGGAAUUUCCCUGGUGGGAAAUGGGGACUUUCCCUGGUAGGAAAUGGGAAUUUCACUGGUGGGAAAUGAGGAAUUUCACUGGUGGGAAAUGAGAAUUUCCCAGGUGGGAAAUGGGAAUUUCCCUGGUGGAAAAUUAGAAUUUCCCUGCUGGAAAAUGGGAAUUUCCCUGGUAGGAAUGGGGAAUUUUCCUGGUAGGAAAUGGGGCAAUUUCCCAGGUAGGAAAUGGAGAAAUUUGCCUUGUGGGAAAUGGGGAAUUUCCCUGGUGGGAAAUGGGAAAUUUCCCUGGUAGGAAAUGGGGAAUUUCCUCGGUGAGGAAUUUCCCUGGUGGGAAAUGGGGAAUUUUUGUGCUUUUCCCGGGAAAACCUCGGGAAUUGUUUCCCCUUUCUUCACCCAAAUCCUGGGGCUGGUUUGGAUUUAACCCUCGGGGGGAGGCCGAGCUGCCACCCCGGGGCCGGUGCCACCUCCUGUGUGUCACCUGUGUCACCUGUGUCACCUGUGUGUCACCCGAGCAGCUUUCCCAGGGCUGGGAAUUGCCUGCUGUCCCCGGGGGUGUCCCCAGCCCAGUGACAAUCCUGCAGGCAUUUUUAAAAACCAGAUUUUUGGAGGCUGGCACGGAGCUGGGAGCAGCAAAGGCACGCGGAGAUCCCGGCUGCUCCCCGCUGUGCAGAAGAUUGAAAUUAAUUUUUUUUUUUGGUUUUUUUUGGGGGGGUUGUGUUUCCUUUUUUGGUUUUUUCGGUUUUUUCCUUUGUGCAAUAAAUUCUGUUUUGGCAGAACGGAG